AUGCUAGGAAUGUGUUCUACCACUGAGCUACCUUCCCACCCCUCAUGUGAAUUUCCGUCUUCAAUAGUAGUAAUAAUAAAAGCCAAAACCAAGAACAGAGCUGGUAAUAAUUAGCUCUCAGUAAUCAAGGGAUUACAACAUUGCCAGACACUUGCUUAAAUUUAACUUUCCUAAUGAGGUGUUGAAGUAGGUUACAGUAUCAUCCCUAUAUAAUGUAUGCGUAAACUGAAAUUCACAGUCAUUUAAGCGAGUUAGCGAAGAUGACAUCACAGGGGAGUAGAAGAGCUGGAAUUCGAACUCUCAUCUUUCUCAUUUUCCCGGUUGACUGCCAUACUGCACUGCUUUCAGGAUUCCCAAGCGCCAUGUUGUCAGAAGUCCUGCUAGUGUCUUCUCCAGGGAAAGUCAUCCUUCAUGGAGAACACGCCGUGGUCCAUGGCAAGGUCGCUCUGGCCGUGGCCUUGAACUUGAGAACAUUCCUCCGGCUUCAACCCCACAGCAAUGGGAAAGUGAGCCUCAACUUACCAAACAUUGGUGUCAGGCAGGUCUGGGAUGUGGCCAGGCUUCAGCUGUUGGACACAAGCUUUAUGGAGCAAGGUGACGUCCCAGCGCCCGUCCCAGAGCAAGUGGAGAAGCUGAAGGAGGUGGCCGGCCUCCCCGAGGACUGUGCUGCGGCCGAGUGCCUGGCUGUGCUGGCCUUCUUGUACCUGUACCUGGCCAUCUGUGGCAGGCAGAGGGCCCUGCCGAGCCUGGACAUCGUGGUGUGGUCAGAGCUGCCCACCGGGGCGGGCCUGGGCUCCAGCGCCGCCUACUCCGUGUGUCUGGCGGCCGCCCUCCUGACCUUGUGUGAGGAGAUCCCAAACCCGCUGGAGGACGGCGAGCACACCAGCAGGUGGUCGGAGGAGAACCUGGAACUCAUCAACAAGUGGGCCUUCCAGGGGGAGCGGGUGAUUCACGGGAACCCCUCGGGGGUGGACAACGCCGUCAGCACGUGGGGGGGAGCCCUCCGGUACCAGCAAGGGAAGAUCUCCUCCCUGAAGAGGGCCCCAGCUCUCCAGAUCCUGCUGACCAACACCAAGGUCCCACGAAGCACCAAGGCCCUGGUGGCUAGUGUCAGGAACAGGCUGAUCAAGUUCCCCGAGAUCGUGGCUCCCCUCCUGAGCUCCAUCGACGCCAUCUCCUUGGAGUGUGAGCGCGUGCUGGGGGAGAUGGCCUCGGCCCCGGCCCUGGGGCAGUACCUCGUGCUGGAAGAACUUCAUUGUGCAUCAUUGAAGAAACCUAGACAGAUACUUAGCUCUCCCCGCUCUCCAUGGCCUUGUGAUAAAUACAGCUUUGUUCUUUUUCUGGAGCUCAUCGACAUGAACCAGCACCACCUGAACGCCCUGGGCGUGGGCCACGCCUCCCUGGACCGGCUCUGCCAGGUGACCACGGCUCGCGGGCUGCACAGCAAGCUCACCGGGGCAGGCGGCGGCGGCUGCGGCAUCACGCUCCUCAGGCCAGGUCUGGAGCAGGAGGAGGUGGAGGCCACGAAGCAGGCCCUGACCGGCUGCGGGUUUGACUGUUGGGAAACCAGCAUCGGUGCCCCUGGAGUCUCCGUCCACUCGGCCACCUCCCUGGACGGCCCUGUCCGGCAAGCCCUGGGUGUCCUCUGAGACGAGCCUGGGGCUGUAGUUGGCGUCUGCAGGCCAGCAAGUGCCCAGCUCCUGUGCCGACGCGCCUCCAGCCCCUGAAGCUGCUGGCCACGCCCCGCAGUUCCAGCAGUGACCCAUCUGCCCUCUGCACAGGUGGUGGCCCCGGGGGCCACGAGGCCCUGAUGCUCUUGUGCGUCCGUCUGCCUGGGCCACACCUCCACCUGUGCACACCCCAGCGCUGGCCACUUGCGUGACACGGUCCGGAGCCUGCGCCGUCCCUCGCCUCUCCCUCCCACCUCCUCCAGGAAGCCCUCCGGCUUGGUGGGCUGAGCCUUCACCUCCCACCCGUUGGGAUGAGCCGCCUGUGCCCCUGCUCUCGGGUCCAGCUGGCUGGGCUCCCCCAGAGCUGGCCAGUGAGCUUCAUCUGCUGCCCUAGGGCCCGAGGGUUGGCGGAGCGAGUGGGGUUCACGGAACUGUCUGCCAGUCUGUCCUUGGGGGCCUUGCAGAGAAGAUGGCAGAGGGGGAAUAAAGACUCUGGAAGAGGAGGGUCCGACA